UUUAAUACAUAAAAAGCGGGUCAGUGUAAUGGAUGGUGUUGAGUUUGAAUCCAAUGAUUCACUAUCAUAGUAUACAAAAAAACGAUUCUGAGCGGAGACGGUCGGGUCCGCCUGUGUUAAAAUAACAUUUUUAAAGUACAACAAAAUAACCAAGAUCAUUAUUUUUCAUUCAAAUAUCUUAUUUUGUCCAAAUUUGAACUGAAAACAGCAAUUUAAAACUUACGAGACACCUUGUUUUUAAUUUUCAAUCAUCAUUUAUAAAAAUUGAAUCUAUAAAUACUGAAUAAAAUGGCCUUAAAAUGAGUCAAAAUAUUUUGAUAGAAAUCGAAAAUUCUUCUACCUAUAAAUAGCUCGAAAAAAGUCAAAAUAUUUUUUAAAUGUAAUAAUGUAUAGAAAAUUCCAAAAUGGUAAUAUAACGUCCAGUUGAAAAAGUAUCUACAGUUAUUAGUAUUUUAGUGACACCAAACUAACUAAAUCAAUUUUGUCAAAAACUGGUUUUUUGUAAAAAUUACAGUUUUCUUUAAUUUUGUUUGUAUUUCCAAACACUUAAAAACACUUGGGAAUUUUCCAUUUUGACCUCUCCAAAGCUACAUUCACUUUCCUCAACUUAGUUUUAAUUAUUUUCAGACUACUUAUUGUUUUAAAGUACACCAAAUACCAAAAAGACACACACACCAUUGUAAAAUGAUCGCUCUGCUCAGAAUCUAAAACAUACAUACGCAGAGAAGAAUAAUAAAAAUAAUAUAAAUUAUAUGAACUGAAAUAGUUGACUACAUUUAUUUACGAUAUAGUUGGUGUUAUCUGAUUAAGUCGUUAAAUAUAUUUGCUGUCAAAAUUCAAAUUCUAUUGUAUUCAUAUUGAUAUAUUGUUCUGUAUUACUACAUAUUUGUGCGUAUACUGUUUACCACAGCAACAAUUAUUACUAUAUAUAUGUAUUAACUAUAAAUUAUAAUCAACAUUAUGUUUAGUGAUUUAUUUAUUCCGAAUGGAUUUAAAAUGGCUACGACUCAUUUAGCAAAGUAUACUAUUAAACUACAUAAAGGUGAAAUGAUUCGAUACUUAUACGAAGAAGGUCCUAAAUGGUUGUCGAUUGAUUUCGGAGAAUCAUCCGAAGUAUCCAAUCAUCUAUAAAAAAAUAAAAAAUUAUGCAUUUAAUUAAUUCUACUUCAAAUAGACAAGUAUAUUACUGAACUUGAACGGAACAGAAUCAAAUUUUAACAAACAAUAUUCAACGAUAAACAUAUAUCCACCGUUAUGCCCAAUUAUAAUAUUUAAAUUAAUUUUAACUGGAAAAAUCAUAUCUAGCAGUGUGAUAUCCAUGCACGAUUUCAUAGGAGAAGAUGGACUUCCAUGUUUCGGUCCAGCUUUCUUGCAUUUUAUCACAUUGGAAACUCAACAAUAUUUUGGCAGGAUACUAUUAUCUGUAGAAACUGAAUUAGUACCAUCUGAAAUUGAAAGUGUUGAACGAUUGCAAAUUGAUGACAUAGAUUCAAUUCUUGACGAGGACUUAAUGUACAUUCGGAUUGUAAUAUUUUGUGUUAUACUGAGUGUUAACCAAGUGCAUAAAAAUAUCACCAAAUCAAAAAGUAUGACAAUAUCAAUGGAUUAUGGUGAAUAUAAUUUAGUUACUGAAAGUGAAAAAAAGGUAGAGCUUAUUAACACACAGACGCCAGAAUACGAUGUAGUGUGCUUAGAAAAUGGUUUUUGUAAAUUAUUGAUUGAAGAAGAUAGAAAACCAUGCCUAUUUUUGGUUACAAAUUUACCAAGUAUUGAAUAUUACACAAUGUUUUCCAUGAAUUUACUGUCGAAGACUAUUUGUAAUAUGUCGUAUAAUGGCCCACCCAAUAUUUUCUUAAAUUUACGUAACGGUAAACAAAUUGUAUCAAGAUGUCAAAUUCAAACAAGACACUUUUUAUAUUCUAAAAGUUCAGAAUGUAAAGGACAAUUUUGUAAGAAAAUUCGACCUUGGUUUUUGGCAACAGAAAAAAAAGAAAACGUAUUCGAUGGAAUUAUGGAAACUAUAUUUUGGAUAGGACCAUACGAGGAUUUCAAUGUGGGAAUAAGAAAAAUUCCCGGACUUCUAUAUAAUAAUUGUAAUGAUCAGCCUUGCUCACAAUAUAAUUUCAAGUUAUAUGAUAAAACAGUAAUUUUUAAUUAUUUACUAAUGAGUAGGUUAAUAAUAUGCAUGUAAAUUAUGUAUUCAUAUGUUAACCAAAACUAAUUUAGUUCUUACAAAUCAGAGCACAUAUAAGUCAAGCAGCUCUAACCGAAAAAUGUUACAAAAAACAUAGUCAGUUAAAUUUAAUGGCACGAAUAAUUUUUAACGGGCAUUCAAUGACAACCAAAGCGAUCGACUCAAAUGUAUCGACGUCAUGGAAUAUAUCGAUUUUGUUUAAGCCAACUAUAUUUAUAAGAUAUGGAGAUACUAAUAAAAG